UUCCCAGACACUGACCCAGAGACUGAUGACGACCUCGAUUUGGACGAUGAUGAGGCUCCCUGUUAUCCAGGCUACCGCACGCUCCCAUUUCAGAUGGAAGAACGUGUUUCGGAGAACGUCACAAGCUGUGACGAAGGGAUAGACCAGAACGAGUCGACGAGCUCUGAGGGUGUCAGCGUUGGCGAUACUGAGGAAACGCCCGCCAUCGAGCUUUUGCAAGAGAAAUCUGCCGCAUCCGGUAUUUCCCAAGAGGAAGUGAUACCGCAUCAGCCAAAUAGUAUCAUCCUUGAUGACGAAAAGAUUCAAGCUAUCCGAGAAGCGAUGUCAGGAUUCACGCUGCCAUCUCCUCCAGAGUGGGCCAAUUUGGAUACCGUUAAACUGAAUGAGAUCAUAAAUGAGAAAAUCACUCCACAGCUCUCUUGCCAUAAGCAACAAUGA